AUGAAGACUGCUCUGGUUACUCUACUAACAUCAGAAGAUCCUGCGCAGCAAGAGCUCAAAGAAAAAGUUCAAGUGAUGGGACAGGCCGUGAUCUGGUCCCUAUUGAGUGAAAAUAAGUCGGCGUCAAUGGCAAUGCUAUCUCCUGUUAAUCAUGAGCUCGUGGAAACUGUGGUUUCAAUGUUUCCAUGCAUUAAAAUGGAGAAACAGACACCUUUGUCGAUUUCUCGUGGUUCAAAUUUGAGAAGCCCUUUAAAAAUUGAUUUGGCGCAAAGUGACUCUGGACGGGAUACAUCCAGUUCCACCGCCACAACACCCGGAUCUUUGAACUGGUCUGUUUUCGACAUGACUCCACAGAUGCUUCAAAAGAAUCACGACGAGCCGGUCAACAGGAAUGAACAACGUCGUCUGCCUAAAAAAUACACCAAAGAACAGGUUCGAAAAUUGGCUGAGUACUUCAAGAAACGUCAUUAUAUUCCGGAUGAAGAUAAAUAUCAGAUGGCCAAAGAAACUGGAUUGACUGCGCAGCAAGUCUCGAAUUGGUUUGCAAACACUAGAAGAAGUUUGAAAAAGAAGAAUAUUACUUUCUAA